CUCACACACCUCUCCUCAACUGAAAACCUCAAAGGGAGGGGCGGUCAGUGGUCGCCUCGCCGUCACGAAAUCCACCCUCCUCCCCCGGCGCUCUCCACUCCGCGCCAUGCUUCCGCGGCCGAGCCAGAGAAGCAUCUUCCACAUCGGGGAGGAGGGUGGCGACGAGUCCGACGACCACCGCAGCGCCGACGAGCCUGUCAAGAACACCGAUACUACACGUAUCCUCGCAGGGCGCCGAGACCACGGGCGUCAACUGCGAAAGCAAGACUCCGCCGUCGAUGCGGUCGGCGUCGGGCUGCAGAUCCUGGUCCAGACGAACCUCCACCACACGCGGGCGUCGCCGCACUCGCAUAUCGUCCUGAAGCAGGUGGUGGUCCUGCCGCCGACGACGACGGUGGCACGCCGCCACCGCCGUGGACCGUGCAGCAGCUUCUUGAGCGCCUGCUCCCGCUGCAGGAAGGAGCUCAGCAGCAAGGACGUGUACAUGUACAGAGGCGACCAGGGGUUCUGCAGCGAGGAGUGCCGGUGUCAGCAGAUCUUGGCAGACGAGGCGACGGAGCGUGAAGCCAUGAUCAAGAAGGAGCGGAUGCGGCGAGGGUUGCCUCGCCAUCUCCACCACGGGCCACGGUCGGCAAUGGGGGCGGCGGCGAUCGGUGGUGCGUCGAGAAGACUAGUUGCAAUAGCCUACUAGGAUCUCUAGCAUCUGUACGUCCAUGUCCAUCCGAGGUCGAUGCAUAGAAAUGGCAACUAGCUAGUACUCUUUGCGUAAGUGGUGAUGUUAUACGAACCUAUGAUAUCCUCGCAUUCAGAGGAGAGAGACGGGAAAAAAAAGCGGAGCAAAUCGAGGUGCAAAAUUUUAUAAGGAAUCACGGGAGAACCGCCAUGUCUAGCUGUUUGUGUAAAAUUAAGGGAGAGAGAUGCAGAAUAGGAGUAAUAUUUGCAUACAGAGUCGAUGUAAGGCCCUGUUUAGAUCGCUGAUAAAAAUUUUCUGGGUGUCA